AUGGGGGAGCCUGGAAGAUCCAUGCGGAUCCUGGUGACCGGUGGUUCUGGGCUGGUGGGCAGAGCCAUCCAGAAAGUGGUGGCAGAUGGGGCUGGUCUGCCUGGAGAGGACUGGGUGUUUGUCUCCUCCAAGGAUGCUGACCUCACGGACGCGGCACAGACUCGGGCACUGUUUGAGAAGGUCCGGCCCACACAUGUCAUCCACCUAGCUGCAAUGGUGGGGGGCCUGUUCCGGAACAUCAAGUACAAUCUGGACUUCUGGAGGAAAAACAUUCACAUCAACGACAAUGUCCUGCAUGCAGCCUUUGAGGUUGGCGUCCUCAAGGUGGUCUCCUGUCUGUCCACCUGCAUCUUCCCAGACAAGACCACCUACCCCAUAGAUGAGACCAUGAUCCACAAUGGCCCCCCCCACAGCAGCAAUUUUGGCUACUCAUAUGCCAAGAGGAUGAUCGACAUACAGAACAGGGCCUAUUUCCAGCAGCAUGGCCGGACCUUCACCGCAGUCAUCCCCACCAACGUCUUUGGUCCUCACGACAACUUCAACAUCGAAGACGGCCAUGUGCUGCCAGGCCUCAUCCACAAGGUGCACCUGGCCAAGAGCUGCAGCUCAGCGCUGACCGUGUGGGGAACUGGGAAACCACGAAGGCAGUUCAUCUACUCUCUGGACCUGGCUCGGCUCUUCCUCUGGGUCCUGCGCGAGUACAGUGAGGUGGAACCCAUCAUCCUCUCAGUGGGUGAGGAGGACGAGGUCUCCAUCAAGGAGGCAGCAGAGGCCGUGGCAGAAGCCAUGGACUUCCAUGGGGAAGUUUUUGACACCACCAAGUCGGAUGGGCAGUUUAAGAAGACGGCCAGUAACAGCAAGCUGCGGACCUACCUACCGCACUUCCAGUUCACGCCCUUCAAGCAGGCUGUGCAGGAGACCUGCAGAUGGUUCACCAACAACUACGAGCAGGCCCGGAAGUGA